UUUUUCACAUACAUAUUUUCUUGAAAAUAAUAGCUAAAUUAAUUUGGAAAAAAGAAAUUUAAUAAAAAAAAGGUGUUUAGAACGUGUUCUCCACUUAUGAUAUAUAAAAGUUCUUAUAAAUAUGUCUGAAUCUGAAACAAAUGUUAAUAAGCUGGGGCAGGAUGCAAAUGAUACACCCCCAGCCACAGUAGUGACGACAAAUACAGAAAUGCCGGCUUUGGAAAGUGCAUUUAGGGCUCUAGAAGAAAUUGCAAAUGAUGAUUUUAAUCUUAUAAUGCCGGAGUCAGAUCAAAUACCUGAUGUUGAUGACCAGGAUAUGGAAAAUAUAGAAGAAACGCCAGCCAAUGAAGUAAUGCAAAAUCUAAGUUCAACCGGUCUGGAACAUACGGACGAAAAAUUGGAGCUUACUGCAGCUGAAGCAGAAAGUUUUAUGUCCGAUACAGAUUUUGAAAACAUAGAUUCUACGAUCGAGCAUGCUGUGGAAGAAACAGGACAAAUCAAAGACUCUAUAAAUGUUGCCUUGUCCGAGGAAUGUCCUAAAGAAAUUGCUGAUAUUGUACAAGAAAAUUUAGAUAUUAGUGUAAAAGAAGACGCAGCUUUAAAAUGCGUUGAAACUCAAGAAGAGAAUUUGCCUAAAGAAAGUGUUAAAUCUCCAUUAAAAGAAAUGCCUGAAUUGGAAGCAGGAAUACAAGAAACAGAAAAUAAAGAAAUUUCAAAUGAGCAGGAAAUUUGUAAAGCUGAAGAAAAAACAAAUACUGUUAAAGUUGAGACAGCUGUAGUAGUGGAUGACAAAACUUUGCAUCUAGAAGAAAUAGAUAAAAAAAUCGAUAGCUCCGAACCUGCUAUCUUAGCCACCAAAGACGUUGAAUCGUCUUUGACUGAAGUUCAAGAAGAUGUAAAGGAUACAGUAGUAAAGGAAAAUGUUCUUGGUGAAUCUGUCUCUAUUGAAGAAAAUAAUGCUAUUAAAGAAAAUAAUGAUAUUGCAAAUCCUGCAGAUGAAUCAAUAGAACCAAUGGACACUUGUGAUAGUCAGGAAUCCAUUAAUUUGGUAAUUGAUGAAACAUCAAAUAUAACGGAGACUAAAGAUGAACUUUCGGACAUCAACAAAACCGAUGACGACACAAAUAUGGCAGAAGAUCUAAAGGAAAGUGUCACUGAAAACGAAAAUAAGCCAGCCGAAGAAUAUGAAAAUGAAACUACCAACAAUUCGGAAAACAAUAAAGAAACUAAAUCUUCAUCGGAAUCUCACAAUAAGUCUAAAGAUGAUGAUGUCAUACCCAUAGAACUGCCACCGGUACCUAUUAUCGAAAUUGAUGAUGAAGAUGAUAUGGAAACUAUAAAAGAAACUCAUGCAAAUGAUGAUAAAACUUCAAUGGAUGUAGAUGAAAUUCUUAAAGAAUCUGUCAAUUCAAUUGAAGAAAAUACUGACUCUGAAGUAAACAAUGUUGAAACUAAUACUGAAAAGGUUUGUGAAACUGAAGACACAUUACUAGAGAAGUCUUCAGAAAUGCCAUUGGAAGAUGAUGCAAAACCAGAAGAACCAAAGCCUUCCAACGAAAUAGAAGAAACCAAUGAUGAGGUUUUCUACAAUAAGGAAUGUAUUAAUUAUGAGUGUCCUCAUAAACAUAAGCAGUACUUCAGAGUACCGCAGUUUGCGUUCAGUUACUUUAAGGUAACGAAAAAGAAAUUUAAGACUCAAUAUAUUUGUGCAGAUUGCUAUGACAAAGCCUUGGAAAUGUAUGAGGAAUUUUGUGGUUUAAUAAGUGCUAAACAACCUUUACUUUUGGAAAAUAUACCAACUGGUAGACAAGAAUUUGUAGAAAUCAUUGACAGCAGCGAUGAUGAGGACACUAGCAGUGAUAAGACCAAAUCCCUAGAGCCAACAAAAUCAGCUUUCUCGAAAAACGAUUUAUCCGUUAUCGAGUCAGAAUUACACGCUACUAUUAAGUCAGUUUUGAAUAGAGUUGAGAUACAAAAUCAAUUAACUUGGUCCAAAACUAUACUAAUGGAGCGUCUAAAACGCUUAGAAAUGGAAACGGACUACGUGGAUGGCGAACUAAAGGCUCUGCAAAAAAAGGCUGAUAAGAUGCAUGAAGGAUUAUAUUCGUGUCCCAAAAUAAAAAUACGACAACUGCAGCCAUUGGACUUGAAUAGUGGCAAAUUAAUGAGUUUUGAGCCAACUGUGCAAAAAGAAGUACAGCCUAUUCCACCAGUGGGUGAAAUUGAAAGACCACCCAUCCAACAAGGUUUUCUUUAUUUUGCCGUUAAAAAUAAUCCCAUUGCUAGUUGGGUACCUUGUAGAGUCAUCGAAACAGUUGAGAGUAGUAGUUCGGUGUCUUAUAAUGUUAAACAUUAUAAAAUAAAAUUCAUUAAAAAUCAGGCACAAAUACCUAAAACAGUACCAGCCAAAUAUUUGGCCUAUUAUGAUCCCCCAGCAGUUAGAUUGCCAAUAGGAACACGUGUUAUUGCAUAUUUUGAUGCGACUUCUCUUGCCAGAGGACGUGAGAAAAUUAAUGUUCAAAGCGCCUUUUAUCCUGGCAUUAUUGCAGAACCUUUAAAACCAAACAAUAAAUUUAGAUAUUUAAUCUUCUACGAUGAUGGCUAUACCCAAUAUGUCUACCACAAGGAUGUACGUUUAGUUUGCCACGUAUCAGACUGUGUUUGGGAAGAUGUUCAUCCAGCUUCCAGAGAUUUUAUACAAAAAUAUUUAACACAAUAUUCGAUAAAUCGUCCCAUGGUACAAACCCAAAAAGGACAAUCUAUGAACACCGAAUCAAAUGGUUAUUGGUUGCAUGCUCGUGUCGUCGAUAUUGACUGCAGUUUGGUAUUAAUGCAAUUUGAAGGUAGUAAAAGUCAUACCGAAUGGAUAUAUCGUGGUUCGUUGCGGUUAGGUCCCGUUUUUAAGGAGUACCAGAAAUCACUACAAAAGAAUUCUAAUAUGCCGGUGUCGCGUUUGCCCAGACGUACUGAACCAUUUAUACGUUAUACCGAAGAUGAGGAGACUUCAUCUCAGCAGCAGCAACAACAACAACAGCAGCAACAACAGCAGCAGCAGCAACAAACAGAUAAAUCAGUUGAUAAUAAUCGUGCUGUGGCUCGUAAAACUUUUGGCAGACCAGAGUCCAUGAUGAAUGCUGCGCAACCCAGUAGCUAUCAACAACAGCAACAGCAUCAGCCUAUCGUGAAACAUUUAAAUAAUUCUACUAUUUAUGUAGAAGACGAAAAUAAACCUAAAGGAAAGGUCGUUUACUAUACAGCUAAGCGGAAUUUGCCGCCACGCAAAUUUAAAUCCCACAAAUGUUCACCCGCAUGUCUCUUUGAAAUCACUCAUAAUCUUAGCGCUUAUAGUCCCUUAUCGAAACCGUUACUCUCUGGCUGGGAACGUUUCAUAAUACGUCAAAAAAUCAAACGCGUCGUUACCUAUCGUACCCCGUGUGGUAAAAUUCUACGUAACAUGAAGGAGUUACAUCACUAUUUACGUGCCACAAAAAAUGUUUUAAAUGUGGACAAUUUUGAUUUCAGUCACGAAAUUAGCUGCUUGGCCGAAUAUGUCAUUGAAAGUGCUAUUGUGCAGAAGCGUGAUAUAUCUGGAGGUCAGGAAAAAAUGGCCAUACCAUUGGUGAAUUAUUAUGACAAUACCCUACCGCCGGAAUGUAAAUAUUCGGCUAAGGUUAUACCUACAGAAGGUGUACAUAUUAACACGGAUCCGGAAUUUUUGGUUGGAUGUGAUUGUGAGGACGAUUGUGCGGAUAAGAGCAAAUGCGCUUGUUGGCAAUUAACUUUGGCUGGUGCUAAAUAUGGCAAUCCCAAUGCUGCUCCCGAAGAGGUGGGCUAUCAAUAUAGACGUCUGCACGAUCAUGUGCCAACUGGUAUCUAUGAAUGUAAUGCUAAUUGCAAAUGCAAGAGUAGCUGUCUUAAUCGUGUUGUGCAGAAUUCUUUGACAAUGAAAUUGCAAGUAUUUAAGACCUCAAAUCGUGGUUGGGGUCUACGUUGUAUUAAUGAUAUACCACGCGGUAGUUUUGUAUGCGUCUAUGCGGGUCACUUGUUAACCGAAGCAAAAGCCAAUGAGGGUGGUCAAGAUGCUGGCGAUGAGUAUUUUGCUGAAUUGGAUUAUAUAGAAGUUGCAGAACAAAUUAAAGAAGGUUAUGAAUCAGAGGUAGAGCUACCCGAGCCUGAAGAAGAGGACGCCUAUAAUCCAGAAAUGGAUGAUGAUGAUUUCACACCCAGCAAAUCAUUUCUGACAAGAGCAAAACAAAAACUAAAUGCCGCCAAGUCAACUCGACCUGGUAAUCAAGAAGAAGAUUCGCAAGAGAGACAAGUAAUCAAUUUUAAUCCAAAUGCCGACAUGAAUGAAGAUUCAGUUAGGGAAAAUUCCAUACGAACACUUUAUGGCAAAGAUGAAGCCUGUUAUGUAAUGGAUGCAAAAAUUUCCGGCAAUUUGGGUCGUUAUUUCAAUCAUUCUUGUGCUCCCAAUAUGUUCGUACAAAAUGUUUUUGUGGACACGCAUGAUUUACGUUUCCCGAAUGUGGCAUUCUUUUCCUCGUGUAACAUACGUGCUGGCACAGAACUAACUUGGAAUUAUAAUUAUGAAGUGGGUGUUGUACCGGGCAAAGUUUUAUAUUGCCAAUGUGGUGCUGCAAAUUGUCGCCUGCGCUUACUUUAAAAUGUAUUGAACUUUUUUCUCACGCAUUGCUUGUCCUCAACAGGAGCAAACUUUUUAUUAUUUUUAAUUAAUAUUAGAUUUUAUCUUAUUGUCAGUUUAUAGAGUUAAUAUUAAAAUUAAUUUUAAUAAAAUAUAUAUGUGAA